AUGGCUGAAAUCAUCAAUGGAGAACCAUCAUCAUCAUCAUCAACAUCAAUCGAAUCAACGGCAGAAGCAGCCCUGGAGGAAAGGCCAGUGGCUGCACAUCCGGUGGCACUAAAUCUGGAGAGACCUCAAGAUUUCUUGGAGGAGUACUCCACACUCGACAGGUUGCUCAGGAUCUCGGCAAGAGUCCUGAGAGUCAUCAACACCCUGAGAGGGGAGCCAGUCCCAAGAGAACUAGAUCCUUUGCCAGAAGAACUGGAGGAGACCAGAAUCUUUUGGAUCAACUAUACACAACAGGAGAGUUUUGGACCAGUCAUCAAUCGCCUCAUCAACGGGCAAGACAUCGCAAAUAAUCAUCCAAUGGCACGGCUGAUUCCUUAUCUGGAUGAGAAUCAAACCAUUCGCCUAGGCGGGUGGCUGAAACGAUCAAAUCUUCAGCCAGAAGCCAAGAAUCCAUCAAUUCUACCAAGACAAUCAAGGCUCACAUCACUGGUCAUCGAGGAAUCUCAUCGCAAAACUCUUCAUGGAGGAGUACAGGCAACGCUGGCCCACAUCAGACAAAAAUACUGGAUCAUCGGGGGUCGUCAUCCUGUAAAAUCACAUAUUCGCAAGUGCGUCAUCUGCGCACGACAUCGAGCCAUCAGGGGACAGCAGCUUAUGGGACAACUGCCUCCAAGGAGAAUCACAUCAGCACGGUCAUUCAAGCACGCAGAAGUCGACUACGCAGGUCCUAUCAAAAUCAGCAGAUGGAGAAGAUCAGGAGCUCGCCAAUAUCACGGAUAUAUAGCAGUUUUUGUGUGCCUUGCCACAUCGGCAAUUGACCUUGAACUAUUCACAGACUUAACAUCACAGGCUUUCAUUGAGACUUACAAAAGAUUUACGGGAAGGAGAGGUAUCUGUGCUACACUUAGCAGUGAUAAUGCUAAGACAUUCAUGGGAGCAGACAAUGAGCUGAGCAUGCUCUUAGACGAAUCGAGAAGAGAAAUUCAUCACAUCAUCAACGAGCUGGCAUCAAACGGCACAAAAUGGAUCUUCAUCCCACCGCAGUCACCCCACAUGGGUGGGAAAUAG